AUGCCAUCCUUCUACCCCAGGCACCAGAUGCCCCGCCACCCGUACACGCCUCCCGAGUUUGUGCCUAGCUACCACGCCUCCUGCGGAGGCAUGCCCUACCAGCACAACCCCUACGCCGGGCAGACGACGACUCGCCACCAGGACGACUACGACUACGCCGACCGUUACAGCCAGCUCGCCAUGGCCAUGCCACCCAUGUAUCCGCAGGCCGGCACCUACAUGAGCCACGCUCCCCCCAGCCUGCCACCACCGAGCUCGUUCUACGACGCUGGAAACACGCUGCCGCCCAUGCGCACCCACGAGCAAGCUAUGCAGCACGAGUACAACCAGCGCGUCCAGCAGCCUGCAAAAGAGGAGAAGCCCGUCGGCGGCGUCUCGGCCAAGCUGGACUACGACAUGGACGUCAUGACCGACUUUGUCCGCGACAUGGCACUGCAGCUCAUUACUCCAGGACGCAUGGAGCCCACCUCCUUCCGCAAGUGGGUGUACCAGGUCCUCUGCGCCACCAGACUGCCGUCUGCCACCAUCGUGCUCAGCAUGUCGUACCUGUCCAUCAGGAUGCCCAUGCUGGCGCACGAGCCCAAGACCGACACCCACCUGUUUCGUCUGCUCACCAUCGCCUUGGUCCUUGGCAGCAAGUUCCUCGACGACAAUACCUUCAUCAACCGCUCCUGGUCAGAGGUCAGCGGUAUCAAGGUCGACGAGCUGAACAGGCUGGAGAUGAACUGGCUCAACGCCAUCGACUACAAGCUCCACCGUGACGCCACCGAGCACCAGGGCUGGAACACUUGGUCAGAGAACUGGAAGGACUAUCACACUCGCGCCAGCCGAAGCAACAAGCUCAGCCCCAUGGACACAUCGAUGCACCGUCGAUCGUACAACGCCAACAAGCCGCUUCCUCCUCUGCCCAUGCAGCAGGCCUACCAGCCUCCAGCCUAUGAGCCGGCGUCCAAGCCUGCCAUGUCUUCAUUCAGCUACGGCGGCUACGCUCAGUACGACCCCUGGAGAUCGUCCGACCACUCUCCCGCAUCCGCACCCAUCACGGGACCCACCACCCCGGAAUAUUAUGGUGCGACCGGACCCUGGGCACCCGCUGAAGGCUACUCACGUCGCACCAUGUUCGGUUUCCCACCCUUGUCUCAGCCGGCCCACACCCAGCAACACCACCCUCAGCAGCAGUCGACCAACUAUGGCCCGCCUGCCUAUGCCUCGCAGUACAACGCCUCUGCGUGGAACCAGCACGGUGUAAACUGUGGCUGCAUGUACUGCGCACAAAGACACCAGCCGUACUUCAUGGCUUCUGGCUUUGGUCCUCAGGCCAUUACCGCCUAA